CAGCAGGUUACAUUCACUUACAGGAGGCCCGGACGCUGUUCGAAUGCAUUUAUCACUGGACACCAUGAGCAUGGUGGACGACAGCUGCCUCUCGCCCAGCAACUUCCACGAAAUGGGAAAAAGUGGGAGCGUCGCAGUCGGAGGCCGCGUCCACAGCAUCGACGUCAUCUUGGGUUUCAGCAAAGACCAGGACCCCUUGUUGAGUACGUCUGAGGCUGUGGGGCCCCACAAAGUGACCAUCAAUGGGCUUACAGAACACGACAAGCAGCGGGAGACCUCGUCCCACCCGUCCUUCAGCGGACACCUGUCCUCCAUGAGAAGCAGCAGCUCGCAGCAGCAGCAGUACCACGACACGAGCUUGUUUGCAAACAAGAGUGAUGAAGAACUCGGUGAGCUGGGGAAGAGUGCGGAGAGUGACGAAGACAAGUCCCUGGAGCUGUGCAAGGACGAUCAGCCCAAGAAGAAGCACCGACGCAACCGCACCACCUUCACCACCUACCAGCUGCAUGAGCUGGAGCGAGCCUUUGAGAAGUCCCACUACCCGGACGUGUACAGCCGAGAGGAGCUGGCCAUGAAGGUGAACCUCCCUGAGGUCCGAGUGCAGGUCUGGUUUCAGAACCGCAGAGCUAAAUGGCGCCGGCAGGAAAAAAUGGAUGCAAGCACCAUGAAGCUUCAUGACUCCCCCAUGCUUUCCUUCAGUCGUUCAGCUCCAGUUCACACCAACAUGGGUCCAAUAGCCAACUCCCUCCCUUUGGACCCCUGGCUGGCCUCCCCCCUGUCCAGUGCUACACCUGUCCAAUGUAUCCCAGGCUUCAUGGGUCCAGCUCAGGGCCACCAGCCCAGCUAUCCCAGCCACGGAUUUCUAAACAGCACUCCCCAUGCUCCUCACCCUCACUCUCACCCUCACCUCCCCACGGGACAUGGGAUGCAGAGCAUGGCUCCUCCUCCUUAUCAGUGUCCAGCACCGUACCCCGACAAGUUCCCUCUGGAGGAUGUGGACCAGCGCAGCUCCAGCAUUGCAGCGCUGAGAAUGAAAGCCAAGGAACACAUUCAGUCUAUGGACAAGACCUGGCAACCCAUGUGACCAACAGAUCUGUUUGUCCUCAUGAGGAAAGGGAGAUGCUGAAAUAAAAUAAUAUAGUUCAAAGACAAGCAGUCACAUCUGCUGCUCACGAAACACAAGAUGUGGACUCUGAACUGUGAAAACCAAGACUGUUUUUUUCUGUUGUUCAUCUCAAGGACACUAAAGCAUAA